GUAUGGUAUUAUAUACCUGACUGCCGGCACAGACUGUGUGUGUUGUUUGUGUUGUCUACUCUUGGUCUUUUACUCUUACUUUGUAAUGAUGAUGUGAUGUGCUCCUGGUGAUGUUUGUUGGUAUACAGUUCUAAAGAGUUGACUCGAGAGUGGGAUCAACCAUCGGCAAAAGGUACCUGAAUAAAAAAAAAAGGAAAGAGAAGAAAGAGAGAAAAAAAUAUUUACUGAGAGAUCUCGAGAACACUUUCAACAACGCAGUUUACAUCAAGACAUCAUGAAGACACCUUACUAUUUAUCUUCCUACAAAUCUUUUGUGUUUUUAUUUUUCUUAAUUGCACAUUGUUGUGAUGGUGAGGAUUACUACGGCAAGUUAAUUGGCAAAUUAUCGGAGUUAAAUCAUGGUCUAAGCGGUGAAGUUUAUGCGGUCGAUGCCAGGACAUUGUUUAUCAAGGAUUUCAACUACGAUGGUGAAGGUCCUGCCGCCUAUUUUUAUGCCGGAAAUUCUCGAGCGCCGAUAAUAAAUGGAUUUAGAAUCCGUGAUGAAAAAGGUAAUACCGGACCAUUGAAACAAUAUCGAAAGAAGAAAAUUACUCUGACAUUACCGGAAGGAAAGACCUUGAAAGACAUCAAAUGGUUUUCCGUAUAUUGCGACGCCUACUCAGUUAACUUCGGUGAUGUAAGAAUACCUCGAGGUUUUGAUUUUCCAAAACCCCAAAAAUUGGCAGGAUUGAACGGCGUUCAUGGUGUUCGUUCCGAUCCAGUUGUUGUUGUUGAUGCUCAAACAUUAUUGGUACCUUCUUUUUCAUACGACGGAGAAGCUCCAGAUGCAAAAUUUUGGGUUGGUUCCGGAGCCCAUCCAUCAUCAAACGGGAUUCGAUUACCGGAUGAAAAUGGCAGAGAAUCACCAUUGCGUGCUUUUGAUCGCAAAACAAUAGUACUCACGCUACCCGGAGAUAUUACUAUUCAUCAAUUGGGCCAUUUUGGUAUUUGGUGUGAGGCAUUUACCGUAGACUUCGGUCAUAUACAAAUUCCUUCCAACCUCAAUGUACCACCGUCACUCAAGAUGCUUGGCAUUUCACCUCAGUCGAAAUUAAAUUGUGAAGUACUCGACGAUAAUUUAACAUUUGAGGUAAGAUGGGCCGUUGCUGGUGAAAGUAUAGUUAUACAACUUGUCUCACGUUUAGAUGACAAUAAUUACAUGUCAUUCGGGUUGUCAGCUAAUCCAGAGCGUAGUCUGAUGGUGGGCGGUGAUGUUGUAGUGGCCUGGGUUGACAAAGAGACAUUGCAAGGGUACGCGAUUGAUUAUAUACUAGACGGUAAAUCACAAUGUUCUGGUAAACGUGGUAGUUGUCCGGAUACUCGUAUACAGGACUCAACAAAUUCAAUACGUUUACUAAACGCUGCAAUGGUAAAUGGCUACAGCAUAAUAACAUACCAAAGACCAUUAAAAGCGUCCGAUGAAUUGGAUCUCGAGAUAAAAACAAACCGUUCCCAAGCAAUUAUUUGGGGUAUUGGUCCAUUAAAUGAAAGAAAUGAGGUCAGCUUCCACACUCACUAUCUCAAGAGCGACAAAUUAAUUGAAUUUGGACGACCUGCCGCCUGGAAUUGCCCAAUGCCUGAGACCGAUGACGAUCAAUAUGAAGAAGACUUCUCUAGUCUUCCGAAGAAACCAACCACUGAUACUCAAGCCAGUAACACCAACAAUAAUCAUAACCGUAAUCAUAGUCAUGAUCGUAAUAAUAGAAAUAAGAACAGUCCGAGACCGACCGAAGAUAUCAGCAGUUUUACCAACACCACCGGUAACAGCAAUCACAAGCAAAAUGUUGAAGAAGAUAUUCCAGUAAAGCCAACCACUCGUCGGCCAACUUCCCGACCUAGAACUUAUACAGCUACUCCAGCACCCGCAUCGACUGCCAAUGCGUGGGAAAUUCCGCCCAUUCAGUGUUAUGAACCAGAAGAUGGUAACUUUUAUGCGCAGCUAGGUCCUACUGGUGGUAAACAUGGUUACCCGGCAAUAACAGGUCACGUUGGUUGGGGAGUUUCUUGGUACAUAAACGGUUUAUUAAUACCCGAAAUAAACGUAGUUCGUGGUCGUGAAUAUACCUUCGUAAUAGAAGCUGGAGAUGACCCCGAUAUACCCGCCAAGUACCAUCCAUUCUACAUAACCGACGAUUCAGUUGGUGGUUACAUGCACAAGAGUCCCGAAGAACGUGCUAAGGUCAAAAUAUUUGCUGGAGUUGAACGUCGAGGUUCUAACUUAGUACCAACCGGUGUUGGGCAGUAUUGCAGUUGGGUCCAUGACCCCAACGCACCGGAAGCUGAUAGUUAUGCUUCUUUCGGUGCAUUCCAACGUUCUUUAACACUUAUCUGCGAACCGGGUACUCCCGGCUUCAUCAGAUGGACUCCCGAUAAAGACACUCCAAACACUGUUUAUUAUCAGUGCUUCACUCAUCGUUACCUAGGUUGGAAAAUCAACGUCCUCGACAGCUGUGAUGAACCCGAAGGAUCAGCAUCCCAAACCCACCAAUCUUACGUGCUACCCGAUUCUCAAGUUGAUGAAAGCGUCCCAACACCUACUAAGAUACACGUGGUGGAAUCUAUAACCAAAACAUAAAAUUAACGAUACCGAGAAAUCCAAA